UCUCGAGCCGACUUUUAACAUGCUUCGUCUUUCCUCUAAGUUCAUUGCACCCGCUGUCAACGUUACUCGCCAAAGUGUCCGCGCCUCGGCCAGCGUACCUGUAAUUGCUCGUCGCAGCUACACCACCGAACAGCCUAUCCCCACACCCGGUGCUAGUGCUGCUGUCGACCCCAAGAUUUCUGCUAUUGUCGACCAAAUCGAGACCCUCACCUUGUUGCAGACCUCUUCCCUUGUCUCCCUCCUCAAGACUCGUUUGAACAUUCAGGAUAUUGCCAUGCCUGUCGCUGUUCCCGGUGCUGGUGCCGGUGCCGGUGCUGCUGCUCCCGUUGAGGAGGAAAAGGCUGCCGAGAAGACUGAGUUCAAUGUCAAGAUUGAGAAGGUUGAUGCUGCCUCAAAGGCAAAGAUUAUUCGUGAGGUUAAGAACUUGGCUGGUUUGAACUUGGUUGAGGCCAAGAAGUUUGUUGAGAGCGUACCCAAGGUUCUUAAGGAGUCCUUGCCCAAGGAGGAUGCCAUCAAGCUCCAGAAGGCACUUGAGGCUCUCGGUGCCACUGUUGUCUUGGAGUAAAUAUAUAUAUAUUGAAUUUUUACCAAAAAAAAACACAACUACAACAACCAUAAUCACAACUACAACUACAACAACCACAACAACAACAGCAACAAAGAACAACAAAAUAAUUGGAGUCGAAACAGUCAUGAAAAGAAUCGAAAAUUCAAAAGAGUGCAAAAAAUAAAAUAAAAGUAAAUAACCCAUU